AUGUCACCCAUCUUCCCCGCAGCUAAAGUUGGAGGUGCUCUAUUGAAAACCUUCGCCAAGCCAGUGUCGAGUCGUAUCCAGUCGCUGGCCCGUACUGACGACUUCUGGCGAGGGAAGACUGUUGCCUUAGGUCAGGCCCUCAAUAUAGUCAGCCGUAGGAUCACCAGGGUAGCUGAUAAUAGUAAGACUAGGCGAGCGAUACCACCUCUGAAGGAGGAAGCGGCCCUCGACUGGGGUGCCACUUUUAUUGGCGAGUCAUUCGUUUUCGGUGUCACCACACUUAUAAUAGUGAGUGAGUAUCGACGAGCAGCGAAAAAGGAGAGGGAACACGACAUGUUCAAGAGGCUUCAAAGGGAGGACAGAGAAGCCCAAAGGCUUAGAGACAUAGCACAUAGAGAACAGCGGCUGCAACGCCUAGAAUCCCGCAUUGAGUAG